AUGAAAUUUUUUAAUGACCUCAAGUUGAAGUUUGAUGAAAAAGAAUUAGAGGAGAAAUAUUAGAUAGAUAGAGCAAAAUCAAUAAAAAAGCCUGUUUUCUUAUUUAUACUCCUUCUUUCCUUCUGUUCAAAUAUUACAGUAUUGGGUCUGCAUAUUUUUGUUAAACCAGCAGAAACUUGGUAUAUAAAUGCUAUAUUAGUUGGUUUGACAGUAAUUUAAGUGAUAAUAGUACUAAUACUAAAGCAGCUUCAAUUUAUUUAAUUUGGACUAACCCUUAGCAGCAUAACAAUAGGGUUUUUGUAACUUAAUGUUGACCCUUAAAAUACAACUCAAACUGAAUUUUAUAUUUAUGGGUGUCUUUUUAUGCAAUUUCAAGCAGUGUUAUUUAUGAUUUCUAAUUUCAAUCAUGCAUUUGUAUAAGUAAUUUUUAGCCUGACGAUAAGAACAUCAAUCACCUCGAUCUAUUCGAAGAGACCUGAUUAUUUAGCUCUUUUUGUUGGAGCCUUUGGAUGUAUUCUAAUUCUUAUCACCAUUUAUGUUAACGAUAAAAAUGCUAGAAGAUAUUUCAUACAAAACUUAAAGGAGAACAAUCUUAAACAGUUAGGUAAAUUUUUGCUAAGUAAACCAUAUCUUAAGAUAUAAUUUUACGAAGAUCAAUAGCUAUUUUAAUUGAUAAGUUAAAAUCAAAUCAAAUAAUUCCCAGGUUAUACUGAUGAGAUAUGUGAUGGAUGCAACAUAAGAAAUAUGCUACGAAAUUACAAAUCGGAUUAUGGAAGUUUAGAGGAAGUACUAUUAAAUAAGCCUGAUUUAAUUAAAUUUGGUUGUAUUUUAAUUGUUAAAUGUGAGAAAAUUCGAUUCAUAAUAAAGGUUUGCGCAAUCGACCCAUAACAUCGCUAGUAUUUGAUUAUAUUUUAAGAAUUUCAAUAGCAAAUAGUUAAUGUUAUAAAUUAAGAAAAGGAAUAAAUAAAAUUAAAAGAGUUUUUAAAAUAAAAAUAAAUUUAUUAUCAUUAAAAAAUAUUUAAUUUAGGAGCAUUCAGUGUGUUAUAUUUAAAUAAAUUGAUUAUAAAGAAAAUUGAAUUUAAGUAACUUGUAAGUAAAAUAGUAAGAAUAUACUAAUGUAGAUUUUUCCCAAAUAUUGUAAUUGAAAUAUAAGCCUAAGAGGAUUAAAUGUAUAUCUCUCAAUAUUUACAUUAAUUAAGAAUCUUUUUAAUUUAGAUUUUCGAAAUAAUUUCUGAAAUUACUUUAAAUGAUAGGGAGAAGGUUCGAAUAGUUAUUAGUCGUAAUCUAAAUAAUAUAGAACUGAAGAUAGAAGGUUUGAAUCAACUAAUCUUUUCUUAAUAAUACAACGAGAAUUUUUUUAUUAGUAGGAUGUAAGGCUUAAUAUUAGAUGAUUGCUAAUUUAAUGAAAACGAAGCAAUUUUACUAUUUAUAAACUAUCCUUUAGGAUCAUACUAUUAAAAGAAUGCAUGA